ACGACCAAACUCCUCCUGUCAGCCUGCGACCAGCUAAUUAUUCUGCAUCCAUCGGGCUGUAGGAGCAGCGGAGCAGUUUCACCUCAAACUGGAAGCUGCGAGCAGCAAGAACAGUUUGAAUGUUGGUGUAUUGAUACAGCGUUAUGUCUGAAAGGGAAGGUGAGAGGUGUUUGGCUCCUAAUCCUCUUAGUAGCAUUAUGCUGAGCCUCGUUCAAGCCCUGACAUGCGGUGCGCCCUUGUAGCUCCCCAAAAACCGGAGUCAGCAUCUCUGCGUCCGUUACGCACAGCUGGAGGGACGGUCCGCAGCGGCGAGGAGCCGAGCAGCCGGCGGUACAGUCCUUCCACAGGUUGAAGCCGCUCCGCUGUAAAAGAUGAAACACACUACGCUCGCAUGUGUGUGUCUCUUCUCUGUCAGCGGCAUCUUCUCGCCACACAACGGUGCUGGAACUAUCAAGGAAUAGCAAUGCAUCUGACAUAACUUCCUGUUCCUGGAGUCGAGACACACGAGGGCAAUGAACGUGCACUCGCCUCCGAGGAGGAGACUCAAGCGCAGUCGCGUCCUCUUCUUCAUCUCAGGUGUGCUGCUGUGUUUCGUCUACACGCUGACUCUGAAGGCCAGGCUGUCACAGCCGCGAGCCUCCGCCCAGACGGAUGACGUUUUCAGAGAAGAGGAGGGCGGCGAUGAUGUUGUGGAGGUCAACAUUCGGGAGGUGAUGGCACCCAAUGAGACGCAGGAGGAGGUCGUCUCACCUGAGACCACCAAACCUCCUCUGGUAAUAAUCGUCAACAGGACAGAUAUCGAACAGUGUGUCUAUGUGGAUCCUCAACCUCCCAAACCUCCUCCAACUCAACCGCCGCCGACCACCACAGCUCCCUCACGUCCCCCUUUCCAGCCCCCCCACAGGAAGGGCGAGUACCCAGAGGACCUCUUCUCGGUGGAGCAGCGACGGCAAGGCUGGGUGGCCCUGCACAUCAUAGGCAUGACCUACAUGUUUGUCGCCUUGGCCAUCGUCUGCGAUGAGUUCUUUGUUCCCGCGCUGGAGGUCAUCACCAACAAGCUGCAGAUCUCUGACGAUGUAGCUGGGGCCACCUUCAUGGCGGCCGGAGGCUCGGCUCCGGAGCUCUUCACCUCCCUGAUCGGCGUCUUCAUCUCCCACAGCAACGUGGGCAUCGGCACCAUCGUGGGCUCGGCCGUCUUCAACAUCCUUUUUGUGAUCGGCAUGUGCGCCAUCUUCUCCCGGGAGAUGCUGCACCUGACCUGGUGGCCGCUCUUCCGGGACGUGACCUUCUACAUCCUGGACCUCAUCAUGCUCAUCAUCUUCUUCCUGGACAACAUGAUCCUGUGGUGGGAGAGCAUCCUGCUGGUGAUGGGCUACAUCAGCUACGUGAGCUUCAUGAAGUUCAACAGUCAGAUCGAGCAGGUGGUCAAGACGCAGCUCAACAAGCACGUGAACAUCGUCAAAGUGUGGACCGCCGAGGAGCCGGAGAAGGAGAGUGAAGCUGCACCUCCUCCUCCUCCUGCUGCUGCUCCCUCUGCUGCCCCUGCUGCUCCUCCUGCACCGAAAACUGAAGAUAAAUCCAAACCAGAACCGGAGCAGCCAGACUCACAAGAUGACAAAACAAGACUCAAGGUGCGUCCCGUCCUGCAGCGAGGCGGCAGCUCGGCUUCUCUUCACAACACCUCGCUGAGGAGCACCAUCUUCCAGCUGAUGAUCCACACGCUGGACCCUCUGGGAGAAGAUGAAGAUCAGAAGCCAAAGUCUGAGCAGCCCAGUGCUGCCGCCGCCGGCGCCGCCGCACCGGGGAGCGCUGCAGUCGAGCCGUCCACCUCACAGCCUCCGAAGCCCGAGGAGACGGAUGAGAAGACGACCGCUCAGCCGGAAGAGUCGAAGGCGGCAGCAUCAACGGGGGCGUCUGAGGGCUCGGCGGGCAGCUCCGACGACGAGAGCGGCGAUGAGGAAAGCAGCGACUCCGGCGAGAGCGAAGGAGGCGAUACCGAUGGCGGUGGAAACAAGGAGGAAGAGGAAAAGGAGGAAGAGGAAGAGAAUGAGCCGUUGUCUUUAGAAUGGCCUGAAACUCCACGCAAGCAGGCCACAUAUCUCUUCCUGCUGCCCAUCGUGUUCCCGCUGUGGCUCACGCUGCCGGACGUCCGCAACGCGACGUCCACGAGAUACUUUGCUGCCACGUUUAUCGGCUCCAUCCUGUGGAUCGGAGUUUUCUCCUACCUGAUGGUGUGGUGGGCUCAUCAGGUGGGUGAGACUGUCGGCAUCUCAGAGGAAAUCAUGGGCCUGACGAUCCUGGCGGCCGGGACCUCCAUCCCCGACCUCAUCACCAGUGUGAUCGUGGCCCGGAAGGGUCUGGGGGACAUGGCCGUGUCCAGCUCAGUGGGCAGUAACAUCUUCGACAUCACUAUAGGUCUGCCGGUCCCGUGGCUCAUGUACACGCUGUUACACAACGGCGAUCCGGUGACCGUCAGCUCCAACGGCCUGUUCUGCGCCAUCGUGCUGCUCUUCCUCAUGCUCCUCUUUGUCAUCAUCUCCAUCGCCAUCUGUCGCUGGAAGAUGAGCCGAAUGCUGGGCCUCACCAUGUUCGUACUGUACUUUGUGUUCCUCGUCCUCAGCGUCCUGCUGGAGGAUCGCGUCCUCACCUGCCCCAUUUCCAUCUGAGCGGACUGUGUCGAGGCGGCGGAGAGAGAGCGCACACAACACCGCUGCACAUGACUUAGUACGUGCAGACAGGAUCGAUACUGUACGUAGGAUAUUUUAGAUAGUAAAACCAAACCUAAUGUCAAAAGGCUGAACCUGGCGCAGGUAGACACGUGCUAGAGACACGUGACUAAACGACUAACAGUGAUGUUAAAGGAAAAAUCCACCCUCGACGUAGCUUUACAGAAUCAGUCAGUGAUAGUCAACGUUUUCCAGCUGCUACUUUGAGAUACAUGUGUUGUAAUUUAAUUUUCUUUCUCUGUUUACAGUAUUCUGUGCUGUGUUUACCCUCCAGCGUUUUAUUUGAGUGUCUGAAUUCUGAGUGUGAAGUUCAUCACUAUAUCGUGCUCUCAAAAAAACUCCAAACAAGUAGCGUCCAUGACAAGUUAAAUACAGAUUAGUGAGCGAGGGAGUUCCCUACUUCAGUAAUUGGUUUCCUACAUUUCCCAGAAUGCAUUUAUGCAAUCCAUUGUGAGGAAGGCCUGAAUAGAUGCUGCAAUCCAUUGUAAGUCGGAAGUCGAUAGUUCCGAGUCGGUAUUCCAGACUUCCAAUCUAAUUGUGUGCCAGUGCAUCUGCUCUUAAAAACAUGGACGCCAUGGCAAGUCUGUGAACUUCACAAGCAUCUACUCAGGGCCAAUAUCAGACACCACAGCGCCGAUAGGCUGGUUCCACAUGCUCGCAAAGACCUCUAUCGAGCACAAAUCAAAUAAAUGGAAAUGGCAACUACACAAACACUACAUAAGGUAAAAGUUGAUGAAAAAGUAAUUCUGCUCACUGCUCAUUGUGUGCGCCGCCACGCUAGACGGAUCUCGCCCAAGUUGCCAACUUGGAAUUCUAACUUGAAUUACUUUUCCAUUGCACUUUUCCAUGUCAGAGGUUGUUCCCCCAUCCUCCCGAAUACAAUGGAUUGUAGCAAGAGUUGUGAAGUGGUUACAGAAGUGUUUUUUGCCAUUCUGUAUUACCAGAAAGUCAAGAGGUUGUUUUAUGUAGCAGAACAAGCUGGUGAAGUUCUGUAAACAGAACUGUGUUCCCGUACUAGGAAGCUCUCUGCUGAGGUUUACGAUCUUAUUGCUGUUUUUACUCUUUGGAGCUGUUCCUAAACAAACUAAAGUAACCGUUCUCUUCACGGACGAAGGAACAAGUCACCCAGUGCAGCGGAGGAAUAAUAUACUGUAUAUCAGGCUUAGGAUACACACACAAUACUUGCAAGUAG